AUGUUACUUCGUCACCCUUUUCUCACAAUCCUGGCCUUGCUAGCCGUCCCAACGCGAGUAUUAUCACGGAAGGGCGGUGAUGGCUCUAGCAGCGAUAGCGACAGCAGUAGUUCCAGCGGUUCCAGCGGCUCUAGUGACUCCAGUGAUAGUGAUGACACCUCUUCAUCAACAACAUCAUCCACGGGCGAAGUCCACUGCUUUGAUACCCACCGGCUCGACUUUGACGAUCUCCAACCUUCGCACUACCACGGAUACAAUCAGGCACCACGCCGUGGCCAUGCUAGUGCGGUCACCGACUGGGAUGGCGUCUUCUUCAAAGGCGCAGCCAGUCUCAAAUACACAAUAAUAACACCACCAAACAACUUGACAGAAGACGACAUCGUUAGUUCAACUUUGAUCACAUGUCCCGUUGGCAGACAAUCCAUGCGCAUGCUGGGCGUUGCAUGGGUCGGUGCCAAAACUCCCACUCCUGCGGGACCCGUCAAUCCCUUCACAUUGGGCUUCAAGGCCUGGGAGAGCAACGUACGUGUCUCGGAUAUCGAUUAUUCAUACCGUGUGUGUGAGGACCUAGAUCUCAUUCAUCUCACCACGACAGUGGACUGGUACAACGAAACUUCAGUCGAGAAGGCCAUGGAUGCUGUUGCGUUCAACAUAACCCAGGCGGCGGAUAACAGCAACAAGAUUCUGUUCGAUGGGGUCUAUGAUCUUAAAGACUGGGCAGAUAGUGAAAGGAGCUAUCUGCAACCAGCACGCUAUGACAACACCGGUCUUUGGAAUCAGAUGAUUUCCCUCCCGGAUAGUAUAUGCUCUGAGAAGGGAAAAUUGGGCAAAAUCCUCUUUGCAUGGCCCACUGGAACACACGUCAAUGGGUCUCUGACCAAUGAAACUCUUGAGUUGAAUUUCUCUGGCUCGACACUUGCUGGGUUUGAACAUCGUUAUGCACGGCCGGACACCGACACAAAAGUAAAUGUGACUUUCGAAUUCACAUUCACGGGUAGUUUGGACGCCGCGAAUUCCACGCAAGUGGUUCUACCAGGGGCGUCGAGCCACAAUGCAUCGCUAGUCACCUUUGAGAGGGCAACUGGUAGUGCUACUGUGACAAGUCUCCCAUUGUACUAUGUAUUACUAUCUUUAUUGGUCAGCGUUGGGAUGAUGGUUGUAUGA